AAUAACGUCUCUGUUAUAAAUCUGCAGUUGUGAAAGUCACUUCGGAUAGGAAGUACAUAUAUAUCAACAUGAGCCUUAAGUUUUCUGUGAACUUGUGCUUCAUGUUUCAUGAUACGCCAUCUCUCAAGGAAAAAUACAAAUUAGCUAAAGAUGCUGGAUUUAAAGCUGUCGAAAGCAGUAUCUAUCCUGGCACUACUAUUAAAGAUAUGGUAGAGGCUAAAAGAGGUGCUGACGUCGAACAAAUUCUCCUAAAUGUUUAUACGGGUGAUAUAUCGAAGGGAGACGUAGGAUUUGCUGCAAUUCCUGGACAAGAGGAGAAUUUCAAGAAGAGCAUUGACACAACGAUAGAAUACGCAAAAGCAUUAAACUGCAAACAAAUUCAUGUAUUGUCCGGUAUUGUGAUUAAGCCAACAUCCGCUAACGACGACGUCUACGAAAAGAAUCUUUUAUACGCGGUCGAGAAAUUUAAAAAAGAAGGAAUCGUUGCUCUCAUUGAACCGAUCUGCAACGCUGACGUUCCAAAUUAUUAUUUGAAUAGUUUUGAAAAAGGUUUAAACAUAGUGAAAAAGAUAAAUAGCCCGUAUUUAAAGAUACUAAUCGAUGUAUUUCACCUGCAACAAAUUUGUGGAAAUCUUACGAAAAAUAUUAAGGAAUUAAUGCCUUACACGGGUCAUGUACAAAUUGGUCAAGUUCCAGAUAGAAACGAACCUGACACGCCUGGAGAAAUCGACUACAAAUAUGUACUUUCUGUCUUAGAAAGAGAAGGCUACAAAGGAUAUGUUUCAUUGGAAUACUAUCCAAAAUCAUCUCCGACCAAAGGAUUAAGUUGGUUGCAGAAAUAUGGUUACAAAUUGUAGCGAUGUUGUUAUACGCGUAUCGAGAUACACCAUAUUUUUACAAAUUUAAUUUUUAUUACGAACAUUAUAUACAUAGGAAACAAAACAUGAAGUAAACUUUUUUUAUAUAUACGUUAUUAUUCUUGUAAUAUUAAAUGAAAGAAAUGUUCUAU